AACAUAUGGGAGAAGCCACGACGUGAGGACGAUGCUUGAGAGCUCCUCCAACGUCAAAAUGUUGUCGCCCUUGAUGCCAUUGUAAUCGUGGCGGAAUAGUCUUUCCCUCAAGGCAGUGCAUGUAACCUAGGAACCAUGGCAUGUCUUCGGCAACUAUUUCCCCCCCUCUUUUCUUCUCUCCUUUCUUGACUUAUGUGCCUAUUUCUUCUUCGUUGUAGAAAAGGUUUUGGAUUGAUCUAUCAAGCCAUGAAUUAGAGUUUAAAUAGGGCCAUGACCCGUACCGUGUUUUAUAACUAUGGUUAAAAAUAUUUGGAGAAAGUCCUUUUUUCAUGAUAAAAAAUAACAUAAGAUGGGAAUAGAGUUAGGGCUUUACGGCCCACAUGAGAUUUGUAUGAUUGUAUCAACUUCAGGGCUUGGCGCCUUCCCGCGUGGCACAGUGAGAGAGAGAGCCCACACAUGCACUCCUAGUUUGUACUUGCUUCCUUUGUCUCUCAAGGAGUGAUUUUUGGAUUUGAAGGGCGAGUUGUGCUCCAAUGGCUUCAAAAGCCUUGGAUGUAGCAGAUGCAUGUCCAACUGAGGAUUUUAUUGCUGCAUUAUUAGAAUACCUGGUUGAUCCAAAACUACAAGGAAAAUCUUCUGCUAAGGGAGAUAUAUCACAAAUUGCCCAGGAAUCAAUCGCAAAACAGGUUCAUGCAGUUGUUUUACUAUACAACUAUUACCACAGGAAACAAUAUCCACAGCUUGAGUUUUUAUGUUUUGAGAACUUCUGCAAGCUAGCUGUGGUUAUCAAACCUGCUUUAAUGGCACAUAUAAGACUCUUGCAAAGAUCAAAUGACACUGAGUCUCAACCAUUUCCAUUGAUGGAGGAAAGUAUUAUGGAGGCAUGUAGCAUAUCUAUGAGCCUAGAUGCAUCAGAAGACGAUCUAAACAUUGAUGGAUGGCCAAUUUCUAAGGUUGCAGUUUUUUUAGUAGACUCCAGGAAGGAGAAUUGCUUUUUGCAGUUUGGCUCCAUCACUGAGGGGGUCUGGUCAGUGAUUGAGAAAGAUGUGGAUGUCUCUAAUAACAGCUUGGAGGGUACCAUGGAUUCUGAUCAUGUAAACAAAAAGAAACGAAUUAUUAAAAAACCCUUGAAAGGUAAAUCGAGCAGCAAUGAAGGUCGCUUUCAGCAAUUUGCAUUUUCAGCUGUCAAGGAAGCAACAGGUAUUGAUCAAAGCGACCUUGUGGUUUUGGAAAGCCAUGUCACGUAUUCUACAAGUAAAGAAAAGACGGCUGCUUAUUUUUAUAUAAUGCAACUCACCAAAGCAGACAACAGCAUUGCUCUUCAAAUCCCAAUCAAGAAUACUAUCAAUAGCUUGCAGGGCCCUCUGGCCAUAAAGAGUUCAAGUUGGUGGACGCAUACCUCAGUUGUUGAAUACUUUCUUUUGCUUCCUUAUGCUGAGGUUCUGUCAGACUGGUUUUUGAGAGAAGGGCUUUCUGAUGGUGUGCAAGUUCCAAGAGUGGGAUUGGAAACCAUAAAUGUAAGCAUUUCUGAUAGGACUGAAGGACCUUGUGAAGCAGAAGUCCCAGAAAGAUUUCAUAAUCAUGUAAAUGAUAGUGCCGCAGAGCUUCUCGGCAGCGAGACCAUUACCCAAUCUUUGAAGCACAAUGACAAUAAUGAAUGUCUUGGCAGUGAGAUGAAUUCAUCAAAGCAGAAUGUCAAUGACAGAUGUUGUGUGGUUGAUUUGUCUGGUGAUUGUGAUAGGCCUCAGAAGAUGGAUGUGGAUGAAUCUUAUGUGGCUAAUACCCAAAAUAAAUACAAAAGAAGAAAUUUUUCUGGCAAAGACCAACCUCAAAAUUGCCAGAAGAAGACAAUUACUGCUGACAAGUGUUCAGAGGGCCUGGCAAGUAAGAAGAUGGAAACUGUGGAGAUGUGUUCAAAGGGCUCUGCAAGUGGUGAUAAGGUUAAGGUUGACAUGGUUGACUGGACAAUAAGUCAGAAAAUUACUGGAUGCAUGGGUGCAGUUGUUGCCGAUGGAAACAAAAACUGCAACAAUAUUGUUUCUGAUCAAGAUAGGAUGCCUGCAACUGAUAAUGCUGUGGUUACUUGUCAAUCCAACUCCAAAAAUCUUGACAAAUUACGCACCAUCUUAGCUUCAAAGGAACUUUCAGAUGCUGCAUUGACAGUUGUUUUAAGCAAAAGGGAUAGAUUGUCUCUUCAGCAACGAGACAUUGAAGAUCAGAUUGCUCAGUGUGAUAAAGACAUUGAGACAAUUUUAAAGGGUGGUGAAGAUAAUUUGUCCCUGAAGAUAGAAUCCCUUAUAGAAGGUUGUAAUCUCGUAUCCCUGAGAAGUGUUUCUCGGGAAAGGACUUACGAGGACCAAUGCUCAUCUCCAUCUGUCAAGAGGAAGGGAUUGCCAGACACUGUGCCCAAUAUGAAAAAUUCAUGCCAGGACUUGGAUGAUGUAUGUUACGAGAACAAAUGGAUUUUACCAACUUAUCAUGUGUCGUUACUAGAUGGUGGAUUCCAAGCUGAUGUGACCGUGAAAGGAAAAGGUUUUGAGUGUUCGAGCGUAGGUGACUUGAGUCCUUGCCCUCGUGAAGCGAGGAAAUCAGCUGCAAAACAGAUGUUGGCCAAACUGCAAGACAUGCCAAACAUCUCUUGGUAGCUCUCAAUAAUUUUACCAUCUAGUAGGCAAGCAAAUGCAUUUAGGCUUUUGAGAAAAGCUCUCCUGAGCUACUUCUGUCCCUGGGUAAUUAGAUGGCCGAUAGCUUUUGCUAAUUUUGUGCUCCUCGUAGCCUGAACUUCUGGGGCCACUUAGGAAACUCCCAGAACUGAACUGGCGUAACCGUAGUUAAUGAAAACUAAAGCAUCAUAUUUUGAGGGUUC